AUGGAGCUAAUCCGGACGAGGAACUCCAGCUUGACAUUUUCUCUCCUGGCUGAUGUCCGGUUUGAGAGACUAACACGACAUCUAGCGGAGCCUCGAAGGCACCUGGGAUCUGACAAAGUUCGGCAUCUGCUUCCGGGAGAUACCUCGUCGGAGACGACAUUUGAUAAGAUCCGGGCCUGGAUGACAGACUGUCUGGACAAUCACCCAGACUGCCCCAAAUCCCACGUUGGCAAUAACAAGCAUACUCCCUCGCUCCCUCGGCGACUUCUAGAGGUUGCGAAUGGCAAAGUAGUGCUCCGUGAAGAUACGGCGCAAAAGAGACAUCCCUACGCAUGCUUGAGCCACUGUUGGGGCCCUUCCCCACGACGUCCUGAAAGCACCAUUCUCAAAUCGAAACGGGCCACGAUAGAACAAUUCAAAGUUGAAGUGCCGUGGGGAAAGCUCACUAAAACAUUCCAGGACGCCAUAGACAUCUGUCGCAGGCUCGGCAUCGAUUUUCUAUGGAUCGAUUCCCUCUGCAUUCUUCAGGACAGCAAGGAUGAUUGGUCCCUGAACGCCACCGAGGUCGGGUCCAUAUACGAAAACGCGGUCAUCACUAUUGCCGCUUCAAAGUCCAAGGAAGGUUGCCAAGGGUGCUACAGCACCACUGAUCCUCGCCACCUUGCUCGGCUGGUCGAGAAGAGGAGCGAUGUCUACGUUCGUUUGAAGCCACCGAGCUAUCCGGUGCACGAUUUUCACCUGGAUCUAGAGAAUUUCCCUCUGCUGGACCGCGCGUGGGUGUAUCAAGAGAUGCAUUUGUCCGUUCGAGUUCUCCACUUUUGCGCUCAAGAGGUAAUGUGGUCCUGCCGGCGCAUGAGGAGAAGUGAAAGCGGCGUCAGCGAUGAGGAUGCGACGGACGAACUCGUUCAUUUGUCGGACUUGCACGGCUGGGACCCUUCUUGGAAGACUUUGGGCAAAAAUGGGCAAGAAGGCCCAAGGACUCUGUGGUAUCGGACCGUGGAAGAGUAUACGCGGCUGCAUAUUUCGUAUCCAAGUGAUAUUUUUCCGGCAUUGGCCGCCUUGACUCAACGGAUGCAAAUGCUAAGGCGACAAGACAUGUUUCUAGCAGGCCUCUGGAAAGACACUUUUCUCCUGGAUCUCAUGUGGCGGACGCCGGCUGGGCCACAAUUCGCAAGACCCGCCGAAUGGAGGGCUCCGAGUUGGUCUUGGGCCUCUGUCCAGUGCCAAGUUGCUUGGGACCUGAGGCUGCAUUUCUUUUUUGGGGCGAUCGAACUACUGGACGUCCAUUGUGACACCAAGGGACCGCCGGAGAUGGGUGACUUCUCCUCCAGCCAGGAUGAGGUUCGAAUUACCCUUCGUGGACCCCUUCUCAAAGCAACUUGGAAAAAGCCAUGGAUUCGGAGCCGAUGGCCCGUGCUCACUAGGAUGGCGGAAAUGAAAGAUGGCAAAAUGGACGUGAAUCGAUACUAUCCGGACUACGACUACGAUUUGCCCGGAGAGCACCACAUACCAUGGGAUUCCGAGGUCUUUAUCGUGCCAAUUGCGGUAUCGACCUUGGUUCCUGAUGGAGAUGACAGCAACGGGUCGAACAACAACAAUCUACAUUUAGCGUUGGUAUUGCAAGCAAGGGGAAAUGGUGGCAUCUAUAAACGCAUCGGCUACGUCGAAAUUGUCGAAGACCAUAUCGUGGUGGACUGGAGCCGUGAAGGAUUGAAAGACCGGUUCGACAGAGUGGAUGCUAUGCUGAGGGCUAUUCCGCCGCAGGACAUCACCAUCGUCUGA